UCUUCUCUUCCCAACCCCAUCAUCCUGUCCCGGCCUGCCCGCACCAUUUACGCACACCUGACGACGCCCCAGACGCCUGCGCCCGCGCCUGCUGCAAUUAUGACCCUCGGCCCCACAAGUCACAAGCCUCCGAGCGUGCGUCACAUCGAGCAGCGGCGCCGAUUCACGGGUCCAGGCCAGCGGGUGCGAGGACGAGGUGCUGCGGCUGCGGCGCGUCGGCAAGCCUCGGACGAGGUCGGCGCCCUCAAGAGGCAGCGCUCAGCGGGGCAUGCAUCGUCGAGCUCAGCAGGCUUCCUGUCGGCGCUUGCCGACUUUUGCUCUGCUCCUGCUGGAGGCUGUGCUGCUUGGCUCAAAGGCCUGUGGCUCUGGCGCAGCGGGUCGGGCUUGCCAGGUGCAGGCAGAGGGCGCUCUCUGUGGCUCGUGCCAGGGCAAAGGGUUUGCGACCGCUGUUCAUUUCGCCAUGAGAUGCGAAGGAGCUGCCAUUUGAUCCCGAGUCUGGCCCAGAGCACCGUCACAUCGUCCGCCCGCUUCCGUCGGGUGCAGCGAUCCGCACUUGCACUGCCGCACGAGGGGCAAGAGUGGAUGAUCUGCGCUGCGGGCAGAUCUCAGCCGUGACAGGAGCAGCUCUGAUCAGGCUGGCCGCCAUGGAGCCGAAGCUGCACCUCUGUCACGGUACAUGACAGCUUUGCCA